GCCUCGACCUUUAGGUGGCUGCAGCGGAAGAGAUACCAAUAUGAAGUCACAUUUUCUCUAUACAUGUUGACUCCGACCGAAAAGUUCAUAUUCAACUCAUUCCUUUUCCUCUUCUUCAGCAUGAUCAUUAUCGCCAUGACACUCUACCUCCCCCAACACAUCGCCUUCCUCACCAAUCGCGCGUGGUUCUAUUACAAUGGGGAUGAGAACGCAAAGGCAGCA